AAAACUCCAAAAAUCGUUACCUAUCCAAUCGGAAUUGAACGCCGUAUUAACCGUGCCAGUUUUCAAGUUUGAAGCUUCGAAAGUUGGUGUUCCUCUAAUAUCAGCCAAAAGAAAACGGGAUUUUCUCUUCGUCUAACAAAUGACAGCAAAAAUUUAGGUGUGUUUCGCUGGCCGAAGCAGGCAGAGACAGAAGAAAAAAUCGCGACAUCAAUUUUGCGGAAGAAUCGGAGUCAAGUGGCGACGCGGAGGUCGGUCUCCCAGUGGGAAAAGUUUCAGUGCUCUUCCGGGAGGCUGUUCGUAAAAGUGAAUUACGAUUGAUUUUUCUCUUCCGUCAGCUCGCCGGAAACUUUCCAAGAAAUGUAAAAUUUGUUUAUCGUCUACGGCCGCAACUACGCAAUCGGAGGAUAAUCUAGGGGCGAAUUAUUUUUAAAGUUUCAUGCAUUUUUAAAUCACCGCCAAUGAUAGUGAAUGCUGCAUCUGUGAACGAGAAAAUGUGAAACAGCAAGCACAGCAAAAACGAGAGUACCGUACCGUCAUCAUCAGCAUCACCAUCGCCAUCAGCACCAUCACCGUCGUCAUCAACAGCUUCGGCUUCAACAUCAGCAAUAUACUAACAGUAGCUGAAACUGCAUCAGUACCAUAGCCAGUUUGUAUAGAGACGUGUAAAGUGUGUAUGCAUAUGUGGUGUGAUGUGCUUCGUCAGUGAGGGUGUGGUAGACAGCACUGCGAAAGGUUCCAAAAUUGUAUGCUAGGGGAAGUGAAGUGAUGUGUAGAAGCUGGGUUUCGUUAUAGGGGUUUACAAAGGAAGUAUUGGAGUAGUGCGGAAGGAUCAAAGAAAGGUGUUCUUGCGUGCAGAACCACGAUAGAGAGCGAUUAGAGCGGUGUUUGGUUCUUUUCAUAUACUGGCCGGCAACCGCAAAGGUCGUUAGGAAAAACGGUUCGGUAGUGUUUCAUGGUUUGUAGUUUGUAUUACAACAUCUCGGAUGGUGACUGGUAAUUGAAACGCACCAUUAAAGGGAAGCCCCAAGAAUCACUUAGCUGAUAAAAUUUAAUGAGAAUCAAACCACAACCGAAUCAAGUUUUAAGACAUAUACCGGAAUUGAGAGCUGCAAUUUUACGGAUUGCCUUGCCAUUGCCCUUCCCUAUUGGAAGUGAAGUGUCUGAAUUGAUAAGCUUUCCGGUCGAAUCGAGCGCCUGGUUCGUGUUUACCGGCAACGAACAACGUCUAAAUCGUAAAAACGCCGAAGGGAUAUAAAACUGCAGCCGGCAGCUAGUCAGCCAGCCAGCCAGCCAGCCUCUCCCAACAACGAUUUCGCAACGAAGAAUACUCCGCACCGCUAGGAAUAUAGGCUGCUGCUUCCCCUUCGGUGAGCGGAGGUGUGUGAUGGAGGCCUACCAUAGAUAGGACUCAACCCCAAGGCAUUCGCGCUGUGUAUUACAGCCACGGCAAACCACGACGACGGCGCCGACUACAAGACGAUCCAGAAUAGUGUGGCAAACGGUGGAUGCCGAAAACACAUCUAAUCUAUGCGAUUCUUUUCCUUGGCACUGUGACACAUACACACACACCAAUACAAUAGCCGGUGAAGUACCUUGCGGCAAGGUAGCACUGCAAGGUUGGUUGUGUAACCGGACAAAAAAGAACGGUUUCCCGAAGUCGUCACGUUCCGGGUGAAAAAGGGUGGAUUUCUUCGAGGCCAACCAUCCCUUGCUGCUCGCAUCUCAAUCUCUCAACGGAGUAAAGUGAACGGAAAGAAGAAAAGAGUGGUUGGCGAACACAGCGAACGAAGCGAUAGGUUAAUUAUAGUGGCACUUAUUUAUCCGGAAGCGGCGCUUAUCAAGUAACGAAAUUGUCAAUUGAGACAAAGUGUUUCGAAUCGCAAGGAAGACUGAAGAAAACUACAUACCUAGCGUUGCCUGCCUGCCUGCCUGACAUCGACAGUGUGAUUGUGCCGAUACCGGAAGUAGGAUGUGCUUGACAGAGGAAUUUCGUUGUUGACAAAUGCUUCGGGGUCACUAUCUGUCGGUAUUAAGGUUACGGUAAAAGUGCAUAUUUGGGACAGAUUUUUAUGUCUUUUUGUUUUGUUUCUUUUAUGCUGCAAUAAAGUUAAGUGAUGGUGAUGCGUAUCUCUUUGAAGAAGGGAAACAUUUGAUGAAUUGAUGAUGUUUGAUUAGUGGGUGAGCGCAAAGCGUAUACUCCAUUCAGUUACUGCUACAUUGUGUGCAAUAUAGGUUUAGUUUAUAGGGUGUGUUACGUGUGUGAAAACGUAAUUAUCGAACACUGGAAUUAUAACCAUCAUCAAUGCAUAGUGAGGAUGAACUAAUCGCCCGUACUCACAAACAGCAAACGACACAGCAAAUCACGACCGUAACGAAGGUCGUGCGCGAGGUAAAACAGUUAGGACCGGAUGGACAGCCGUUUGAUUAUGUAGCAAUGCCACUCGAUAUGGGACCCGAUGGACAACCGCUCGACUAUGGGUCGAUGCCGAUGGGAAUCUACACGACUAGGUCGCAAUACAUGAACUACAAUCAUCUGGACCAGCAGGAGCAGCUGGCAGCUGCCGCAUCACAAUCCCAUCUUCAGGGACCCGGUGUAAAGGGAAUGGGAGGACCGAACGAUAAGGGACAGUAUCAGCCACACUAUCAGGACUACGAACACUACUCUCAGUAUGCAGAUUCUGCCUACGAUCCAUCUGGAGUUCAUCACCCUCCCCACCCACAGUCAUACCUCGGAGAGUAUCAGAUAAACGACCGUUCAACGCCCCAUAAUUCGAGCGAAAACAGCGAAUCUUCGAUACCCCUUCCGAUGAAUGUGCCUCAGAUGGGCAAUCCAUCAGCAAAUCUGCUUCCACCGGGCUAUCUACAGGGUCAGUACGAUGAAAUGGGUGAGUACGUCAUAGCACCGUCCCCGGGUGGCCCCGUAGAUAGACUUUAUCCGGAUAAUCCAUCCGCUAUGGUGUACGGUUACGUAUCGACUCCUCCCUACGGAACAAUCAGUUCCCACGGCCACCUGGACCCAACCGGGGCCGGUGAACCAACGUAUGCUACGAAACAACUUGCCUACGAAGCGGCUGCCAGUGCAGGUCAACGAGGUAUCGUCCCCCCGGAAGGUGCCUGUUACUACGAUGCUGAAGACGAUCUCCCGCAGCACAUGUCGAACCUGCAAAUCCACAACCAUGUCUUUCUGCAGCACCACAUCAUAACGUCACCGGGAGGAAAUAACCGAUCUGCCGGCAACGGGCCACCUGAUGGCCCCGACCUAGACGAUCAACGUCAGAUGAAAUGGCGAGAUCCGAACCUAACCGAAGUAAUCGGUUUCCUUAGUCAUCCCAACAACGCCAUCAAAGCCAACGCCGCCGCAUACCUGCAGCAUCUUUGCUAUAUGGACGAUCCGAACAAGCAGCGAACACGAACUCUGGGCGGUGUUCCUCCACUGGUCAAACUACUGGGCCAUGAACACACUGACGUUUACCGAAAUGCCUGUGGUGCUCUGCGGAAUCUUUCAUACGGUCGUCAGAAUGACGAGAAUAAGCGUGCAAUCAAUAGUGCCGGUGGAAUCCAGGCGCUCAUUCAUUUGCUUCGGAGAACCUCUGAGUCCGACAUCAAGGAGCUGGUAACCGGAAUCAUCUGGAACAUGUCGUCCUGCGAAGAUCUGAAGCGAUUCAUCAUCGAUGAUGCCAUCCUAGUAAUCGUAUCGUACAUUAUCAUCCCUCACUCGGGCUGGGAUCCCACUAAUCCGGGCGAAACCUGCUGGAGUACGGUAUUUCGGAAUGCCUCGGGAAUCCUGCGAAACGUGAGUUCGGCCGGUGAGUAUGCGCGGAAAAAGCUGCGCGAAUGCGAAGGCCUAGUCGAUUCCCUUCUGUACGUGAUAAGGAUAGCGAUCGAGAAGUCCAACAUCGGAAACAAAAUUGUGGAAAAUUGUGUGUGUAUACUGCGAAAUCUUUCCUACCGUUGUCAGGAAGUGGAAGAUCCAAACUACGACAAAAAUCCCAUCCCGCACCACAGUAGUGCGGAUGGGUCGCACGGCAGUGCUAUAGUGAGUGCGGCCUCGUCGAAAGGUGAGAACCUCGGUUGCUUCGGUGCGAGUAAGAAGAAAAAAGAACAGCAAGCGGCGGCAGUUGCGGCCCAGCAGGCCGCCGAGCCGAAGGAUCACUCUACAGCUAACGGGGAUCCGGCGAGGAUGGCUUAUAAAAAUACUGCACAUUAUAAAGGAGCUGAGCAACUGUGGCAGCCCGACGUUGUACAUUCCUAUCUUGCCUUACUGCAGAGUUGCUCGAAUCCGGAAACAUUGGAAGCAGCGGCCGGAGCGUUGCAGAACCUGGCUGCCUGCUACUGGCAGCCGAGUAUAGAAAUCCGCGCUACCGUACGGAAGGAGAAGGGCCUUCCCAUCCUAGUGGAGCUGCUGCGGAUGGAGGUGGACCGAGUGGUGUGUGCGGUUGCGACAGCCCUUCGGAAUUUAGCUAUUGACCAAAGAAAUAAAGAAUUGAUCGGAAAGUACGCGAUGCGGGAUUUGGUCCAAAAGUUACCCUCGGGGAAUCCACAGUGUGAUCAGGGUACCUCGGACGACACAAUUGCAGCCGUGCUGGCCACGCUCAAUGAAGUGAUUAAAAAGAAUGCCGAGUUUGCUCGCUCGCUGCUGGAAGCCGGGGGAGUUGAACGGCUGAUGAACAUGACCCGACAGCGGCUAAAAUAUACUCCCCGUGUGUUGAAGUUUGCCGGCCAGUUGCUGUUCACGAUGUGGCAACAUCAGGAGCUGAGAGACACCUACAAGAAACAUGGCUGGAAGGAGCAGGACUUUGUGACGAAAACAAUCGCCUCGCGUAAUGUGAACAGCAGCAACGGAGGCAGCUACAGUGACAAUUCACCAAACUCACCCAACAACACGCUGAACCGUCCGAUGGCAUCCCAGAGUGGUACCAGAUACGAAGACCGUACCAUGAAACGCCAGCAAACGGCAAAUAACGGCGGCCAAGCCAUGUCCCUGCCACCCAGUGAUGGAACUUUGAAAAUGGGCAGAUGAAUCUACCAAGCACAAUCCGACUUAUCAGGGUAGCCAGAAAGGCAGUGAAAACUGGAAGUUUCAACAAUUAUGACUUGAAAACAGGUACUGAUGCCACCUGGUGGAGUUCGCUUAAUCUUUUGUGUAGUGGCAACAUUAGCAAAAAAAAACAAUUUUACAGCCAGAAAGACAUGUGCUUUCCUAGCUAAAACUGUAUAAUGUAGUACGACUAGAGAAAAGGAUGGUCGUCCAGCAAAAGCUCUAGGAAAACAGGAAUCACACAACAUACGAGUAUCACAUCGUAGAGUAUAGCUUACAACAAACAAACAAACAAAAAAAAAGUAAAAUAUUAUCCACUCUCAAACAAUUCAUCAAACAACAUUCUUAUUCGACAGAGCUCUAGGCAAAAACACAAUUGGAUGGUUCCCCGUCGUCACUUAUCAAAUCGUGAAUCACCCAUGCUAAAGAAAGCAACUAACAAGUUUAUCGCUGAUACAAUUUUAGGUCACUCAAUUUCUAUCAAAAACAAAAACAAAACCAAAAAAAUUGGAACUCAAAAGCUUGCGCUUUCGAAAGGGUAACGUGCAUAAUAUGAAUUUUGGGGAAGAUGGUAAAAGAACGUCACUGAUCAUCGAACUGGUUAACUUAAGUUUGCAAAACUAUUGUUUUGGGUUCAGAGCUUGGUUUAGGCUUUGAUUAGGCCAGGGAUCAUUCCUUAUCUGCUUUUAUAUAUUGGGUGCUGGACUGUCUGUAGGCGCCAGGGAUUUCCCAUCCCUGUAGAGGUCGGUCUUGGAUCUCAUUUUCUCUCUAAAGUCGGUUAGUUAUUUGUCGUUGAUAAAAAUCUGUAUCGUUUAGUAGGUUAUUGCUAACGUUGCUAUGGUCAAAUAUCCCAAAGCUAUUAAACUGGAAAAGGUGCAGAUACUGGCUGGCCUAAAUUGGCUGAAAAGUAUCGUGUUCCGCGAGUUUAAGAAUAUUUUGUCACGAUGUGAACCUAACGCCACCGGACACGACUCCACCAGAAGGUAUUAGCAUUAAACAUUGAUUUCAUGCGCUUUUACCUAGAUGGUGGGAAUCCUCAGCAUGCUAUAACCAUCGACGAUGAUCUGAUCGUCGAUUUUAUUACCACAAUGUGAGAGGGCUAAACUUGACCAUAUCUGUCUGGCAUCUUCGACUUUUUCGGUACCUCGUUCAACGCCUUCCUGACAACUAUACAACGAGUGGGAGGAAGUCCCCCAAGAGCUGCGUUAUAUUCACCGUAACAGGUUUUUUUUCGACCAGUGCAGAGCUGGGAGGUCAUUAAUGCCAUUUGGGAAGUCAAGUUGAAAGCAGUAGGUUUGGAUGGAUUACCUAUCAAGUUUAUAAAGAUAAUUUUACCAUUGGUAAUUGAACAUGUAACUCAUUUGUUCAAUGCUUUCAUUGUGUCAUCGACUCUCUUGGAAUGUUGGAAGCAUGCGAAGAUUCUGCCACUGAAAAAGAAGGCUCGUCUGAAUGACAUUAUGAAUCUACGCCCGACGAGUAUACUGUCGAAAUCCUUUCCAAGCUUCUUAAGCUAGAAAUGACUUACUACAUAGAAAACAACAGCAUACUAACGGAAAUCCAGGCUGUUCUUUGUGAAGAUCAAAGCAUUAAAACUGUUGUACUAAGAGUACAUGACGAUUUAAAAGCGAUAGUCGAUAAAAAAGCAUUUGGUAUUAUUCUGCUGCUAGAUUUCUCAAAGGCUUUUGAUAUUAUUCCUCACCGGAAACUGCUGACAGAACUGGAGGCUAAAUUCAACUUUUCCUCUGCGACUGCGAAGCAUUCUUUGGUGGUCGCUGUUACAGCUGCGCCGAAUCUACAUCUGGUGUACCGCAAGGCUCAGUCCUCGGACCGCUGCUGUUCUGCCAUUACAAAUACGAUUUUCCGACAAUUCUUAAGUUUUGUUCCAUCCAAAUGUAUGCUGAUGAUGUACAACUAUACAUCGGUUGUCUUGGUCCCUGCACAUUGGAAAUAACCAGGAUGAUGAAUGCGGAACUAGAAAGAAUAUCGGACUGGUCAUCGCGAGGUGGGCUUGCAAUCAAUCGUACCAAAAGUAAAGCGCUGUUUAUAACAAAUCCACGGCUCUGUGCGUCCGGUAUCAUGCGUCAAGGUGUACGAUGAGCUCAUCCAAUGGUCGGACAGUGUGAACAACUUAGCAUAUACCUUCCAGAGUGAUCAUCAGGGGGACGAUUUAACGGCCCAACAGUGUGGGGAGAUUUACGCAGUAUUUCUGCUGUACCGGUCGACACUAAGCUGAAACUAUUUAAAUCACUAAUCCUGCCGCACUUUUUACAUCUGCCUCAGUGCAAGUUCGUUUGAUCGUCUACGUGUGGCAUUAAAUUGAUGCCUACGUUUCCUUUAUGGUUUAAUCCAAUAUGACCAUGCAAGUCACCUGCAGAAGAAUUUGUUGGGUUGUUCUCUACAAAUUUUCUACGCAUACCGAUGCUGCAUGUUCCUGAAAAAAAAAACUAAUGUCUACGCAUCAUUGGCAAUUGUCUACGCCAUUGAUUGCAAAAUUUGGUGAUCCUUGCAAACAAUACGACGAGCUACGCCAGUUCACUGUUUCUUUCGAGGUGUUAUUAACUAGAAUAGUUUACCUGUCAUUGUAGAGCGUUCUUCAUCGGAAGCAAUUUUUAAGAGUGACUGCGUAAGUUUUUGCAACCGUGAUUAGAUUUCAUAAUUAAAUUAAUUUAUUGUUGUUUAAGUGGCUUGCCGUCCCAAGAGUCUGUUGAACAACUUUCCUCCAGUUAACUCGGUUGUUGGGCUACUGCUCUUCAAUUCCUCGGCCACCGAGUUCUCUCCGCCAGAUCUCGCUGCACCUGGUCAAAUCAUCUUGCUCGCUGCGCCCCUGGUCAUCUUGUUCCUACCGGAUUUGAAACGAACACCAUCUUUGCAGGGAUAUUGUCCGGCAUUACUGCAACAUUGCCUGCCCAUCGUAUCCUUCCAGCUUUAGCCGACUUUUGGCUACCGGGGUCCCCAUAAAGCUGUGCGAGCUAAUGGUUCAUAAACCCCCCCCCCCCCCCUUAAUACUCCUUUACACCGUCAAAGAUCGUUCUUAGCACUCGUCUUUCGUCGGUCCUCCUCGAGCAUUAUACAUGUUUCAUGCCCGUACAGAACAAUCGGUUUAAUAAGCGCCUUAUAUAACGUUAACUUUGUACGGGGGCUUAGUCUGCUCGACCAUAAAUGCUUAUGAAGCCCAUAUUAAGCGCGACUUCCGCUGAGAAAACACCUCCAAAUCUCACAGCUGGUGUCAUAGCUCGUCGUUACCAGAGAGCCAAGUGUACUGGUGUACUGUUCAACUACCGCCACAGAUGUUCGGCCGAUAAUAUCCAUGCCAUCGGCAAAGCAGAUGAAUUGACUGGAUUUGUUCAAGAUUGUGCCCCGUGUACUGAUGAUGUCCGCUCGGUUCAUAACACCUUGUUGCGCUAUGUUGAAUAGCAGGCAUGGUAGAUCAUGAACUUGACGAAGCCCUCUGUGUGAAUCGGUUGAACUCGGUAAUGCACCUGAAUUCCGAACACAGCAUUGUGUACCAUCCAUCGUAGCUUGAAUCAGUUUGAUCUUCUUGAGAAAGCUGUGCUCACAAAAUCUCUCAAAACAGUUCGCAAUUGGGGAUAGACGGCGGAAAUAAUUUGGGACAGCACAUUGUAGGCAGUAUUGAGAACUCUCGAUGGUUCUCCAACUUGUCGCCCUUCUUGUAGAUCGAGCAGAUAACCCCAUCAAUCUACUCCUCCGAUAGCGGUUUUCUGUCCCAAAUUCUAAUAAUUAACCGGAAAACCUCUAUUAGAUCGGCAGUUCUUUAUGGACUUGAAGCUUAGAUGCUACUCACAGAGGACAUAUGCGCCCUUGCCGUGUUCGAGCGAAAAGUUCUGCGGACGAUAUUUGGCGGAGUACAAACAGAAAGCGGUGACUGGCGAAGGCAUAUGAAUCACGAACUACAAACACAGCUUGGAGAGGUUCUCAUCGUACUUCUGGCAAAAUUCGGCAGACUGCGAUACCGGACGACAACGCAACGAAAACGGUUCACUUGAACAACCGCAUCGGUACCAAGAACAGAGGAACUCAACAUGACAAUGGCUCGACUAGGUUGAAAAUGAUUUAUGAGAUGCCUGGGAAAUUGGCAACGAGCGGUCCAAGAUCAAGUUGAACGGAUACGACUGCUUGAAAUAGCACAAACCACUCCGGCCCUAUGCUGCUGACAACAACGUACAACGUUUUUCUUUGUGACUGAUUUAUUAUGAAUAGCGACAGACGUUUCGGCGGUGCGCUAUUCCCUGCAACGGCAAAAGGCUAGAGCAGGUGUACGUUUUUGCUACUAUACGGGCCAUCGUUUUCUGAUCGUCAACGACCGGAUUCUGUAAACCAUUGAUUCUCUUAUUUCCGCUGACCAGAAUGGAUUUAUUCCCCACUGACCAGAAUGGAUAUAGAUUUGCAAUAGCGAAUUUGUAAAAUAUCACUACUACUGGGAGCCUUGUACAGACUAGUGGCCUUCUCGUCCUCAUCACGUAAAUCAUGACACGGGCAAGAUGCGUAAAACAUAAAUCUUCCACAGGAUUUUCAGAAACGUGCUGCUCGAGCUACAGAUACUGAAACCUGAUACCUGAUAACAGAUCUGGCGUCCCGCAAGGGAUCGAUUCGGGGCCAGCUUUGUUCGUUAUUUUCUUUAAAGAUGUUUAUCUCUAUUCUGUAUUUUUAACGGAUGGGUUUUUCAAACGAAAGUGGAUAGUAUUCUUCAUUUUGUUAACAAGAUCAAAUUGGCAAAACAUCUCGUUCGAAACAAGUCGAACGAAAUAAAAAACCGUUCGAAAUACAGAAUAUGGGUGAUUGUCUCCUGGCUUGGUUACAAAUAGCCUGCGCUUACGCCGGUUUACAUCGAUAAAUUGUAGACCUACAUAGUAGUGCAUUAUAUCGAGGGCUGCCUCCACUUGCAGUACUGCGGUACAUUCUCAAUGGACUUGACCAGGGAUUUUGGUAUUCAAUUAGAUCCAAAGUUUACCUUUCAUGCUCCCUCAUGUCGUCUAUUUUCAACACAAUAUAGUUUAGUUUUUAUUUUAUAUAGUUUUUAUUUUAUCUCCAAAAUUGCCAUGGACCUUACAAAUACGAACUACCUGACGGCGUUGUAUUACUCCCUUAUUAGGUCGAUCCUUAAAAAUGCUUCAGUAAUAUGGGCACCGACUGAUGUAACCUGGUCGAAAUGUAACCUAAAUUUAUACCUCACGGAGUCAUGCAUAAGGUUCUAGGCUUCAGUUCAAUCAUCGUACACCAUCUCUCAAACUAAGCAAAAUCAUUAAGACGGUUGAAUUGCAAAAUUCUCAUGUUGUUUUUGCGCGUUGCACUUUCGAAAGUCACAUGCUUGUAUAAAUUCCAACUGAAGCACUGCAGCAAUUAUUCCCCCUGUAUUCCUAACUCACGUCCUAGCAACUCCUAACGCACAGAACCCGCAAAAUUUUCCCUUAUUCAGUGAUUAAAAAGUAACAUUAUCUCGUUGUAAACCGGAUAGAGAGAGAGACAUUGCAAGGCAGUGACCACGUUGCCUAGCCAAGCGAAAAUGUAUAAUGUAUCUACAUUUUAGUGCUCAGCGCAUUCGAAUGAGGAACGCCCUCAAUAAAUAUUAUCAAAUACUCAUCAAAUUCAUACAAGCAAGCAGAACGCUCUAGAGCCGGUUUUCAAGCCCACUUACACAAAACUUCUGUACACACACCUAUCAUAAACACACACACGCUCUUCACAAACACAGACUUCAAAAGUAGUUUAUCAACCGUUAAAAAGGAUUAGCUAAACAAUUUAGAUUCCUGUAUAAAAUAUUCUUAAGUAAUCUGCAACAGAACAUACAACCAACCAACCAACCAAUGUAAGGGAUUAUGAUAACUAGAUAAACUUGACAACGCUCAUUUAUUCAACUUUUUGAUAACAUGUACGACGCGAGGAAUUCAAGUGCGCUACAAAAAUUUUAAACCAAUACCAACAAGUGUGUUGUAGGAGAAUACGUGAAAUCAGUUUGAUAAAAUUUUCAAAAACCGAUUUCCCGCUUACACAAAAAGCAAAGUCAGGAAGUGAUGAAUGAUCAUCAGCAGGAGGAAGCAGGAAGUCAGACAGCAACAAAUUUUUAUCCCUCGCUACUACCUUAUAUAGUGUAAAACAGUUCAGUACAUACUAUACAACGUGUAAUAGUUCAAACCAAUCAACCAAUACCGAACAAAAAAAAACUAACAGAACACUGGUUUGGUCGCUCAAUUGAACAUGCCGUGAGGAAUUUUCGCGGUUGCAUGAGGUCGUGGCGAACGGAAAGUUCAACCAUUUUUUUAAGGUGAAGAUUUUCUUGAAACGCGCCUCACAACCCGUCUAACAACAAUUAUGCAAGCACACAAGAAGAAGGCGGAGCGACGGGAAUCAAGUGCAGCCAGGAUGUUCAACCAGCGAACAAAACGCGUAUAAAUAAUAACACAUUCGAAGCCCGUAGAUUAGAGCAAAUUGAAAUAAUAAUUGUUAACGCAUCUUAUAAAACCCAGUACAUAUAACAACUAAGUAACGUAUGUAAUAUGUAAACUUAACACGACAAAAAAAAUCAUACAAGUGAAAGGGUAAUACAUUUAUGGUCAAUUUUAUCAUAUAAAAAGCAAGCAGACAUGUUAAAAAAAAACAAUAUAGAAAUCACCGAAAAUCACAUUCACUCUUUCAUUCACAUACCCUACACAACACACGCAAAACCAACUGUCGCAUCUUAUGAGAGCACGCAUUUAACAGGAGCAUGGACGCAAGGAGCUGGCAAGUAGACACACUUCUCCGCACCGUCGGAAGGAAGUCGAACGGAAAUUUCAACGGAUGUUUUUCUAUAGCCAUCGUAUACGUUUCAUAGAUUACGUAAAAAAAUGGUUCAGUUUUUUUUAAUUUUUAUGUCGCAGGACACACACACAGAUCGUAAUCAUUCCAACGGAGGUGACGAAAACCGUAUUAUACCGUUCUCGUAGCGAUCUCGCUAUCAAAAAUAACAUCCAGCAACGUCACCCUUAAAUGAUAUCGCAAUUGGAUCUUCAUUAGAAACUAAAAAACUAUACAUACUAUUCAUUAGGGUCAGCAAAUUUAAGAAGAAAAAAAUCCGUUUCAUACAAAGAAAAGUGUUAAACAACUGUUUUUUACUGAUAGAUACUGUUUUCGUAAUUGGUCAAAAAAAAACUCUACAAACUGAUUUGGAACGGAAAAAGACACACAUGAUUGUUAUUCGAUAGGGGCAACAAAAAAAUACGCGGCUAAAUGUCCGCCGAAGAAGAACGGAUACCGCUAGCAGCAGCAGCAGCAGGCAGGUAGGCAGGUUAUUAAAUCGUUUAUGUUUAGCUCGUAGUUUGCUGAUCACGGCAGUAUAGUAGGAACAAGGUUAGCCAGCAUGCGAAAAAAAAACACACACACACACUGGGUAUUCUCAACUAAUUAUUACAAUUAUUCGAAAUUAUAUUAUUACGCAGCAAAACAAAUAUACUAUCGAUAAAGGAGAAAAAACAGGAAUGUGCAUGACUAAAAGUUGAAAUGAUAAAAAAAGAACCUAGGCAAACAAAAGAAAAGUGGUGGCAAAGGAAAUUAAAACUAAUGCAUGAAAAGCAGCUGUGAGGGGCGCAGUGGAGAAAGGUAUGAUUAGUACUACUUAAUCUAAAACAAGGAAACAAACGUAUAUACAAACAAUUACAAGUAAAUGUAUGUAUUCCAGGAAAACAAAAAAAAACCCACAACUAAUCGAACAGAAUGAAACGUAUAGUUGGAAGAAAUUGGAUUCCAUAAUUAUUAUUAAAUUGAGGAAAACGUAGAAAGUGACAAACACACACACUUCAAUUGCUAUUAGAGAGCCUUUAUUUAGUUUUAUAUAUUUACAUUUUAUUUUAUUGUAUUAUUUUAUACCCUCGAUUAUGAAAUUUACACUCUGAUUCAUUAGUUAAGGAAUUAAGGAAGGCGAAAAAAUAUUUUAAAAAUGAUAAGCAUACAUAA